AUGAGCAGGAAAUCUACUGACGGAGCUCCCCAGCUACACAAAACCAUUGCCGACCUCCUCGAGGAUGAGGCCGAGGUGCUCAGUAAAGGACCGCAAGUAGAUCUCGAAAUCAAAGACCGCGACGAGACGACGACGAAGGAGGACGUACCCGAAGCUCUGAAAGAAGCAGCCGGAGAGGAACACAAGAUAGGUGCAGAUACCAUCAAGUCCUUGCGUAAGGCAUAUGGAGGAACCCAGACUGCCUCUGUAACACUCGCAGCAACUACAGCGAAAAAGAUCUUGGGAGAGCAUGUGAAGAUCAAGAUAGGCUGGGUAAAUUGCCGCAUAAGAAGAGUGGAGAUACCAAUGAAGUACUUCAGGUGCUGGCACCACGGACAUCUCGCCACUAAAUGCAGGAGUAAGAUCGACCGGUCCAAACUCUGCGCUAAAUGCUCAGACGCAGACCACAAGCCUACAGACUGUAAGAAGGAGCCUCGAUGCGCCCUGUGCACAGCGAAGGCAACACGGAGAACUAUGCCCACAUUGCUGGUAGCACCAGAUGCCCGGUGUAUAAGGAGGCACUACAGAAGCUGA